UGAGAGAGGAGGGAGAGGGGUCUGUGAGAGAGGAGGGAGAGGGGUCUGUGAGAGAGGAGGGAGAGGGGUCUGUGAGAGAGGAGGGAGAGGGGUCUGUGAGAGAGGAGGGAGAGUAGUUUUAUUUUCUUCUUGGAACCCAAAAAACAUCCACAUGGAUCUGCACCGCUGGCCGGGGUAUGGAGGCCUCGUCUGCUCUCCCCGGCGGUCUCGCUCCUUCGCUCGCUUUCUGUGCGGAGGCCAAAGGAUUCCUGAUGAGAGAACGCAGACUCCCUUCCCAGAAACAGGACUUUGCUAAACUUUCAAGGCUGGGAGAAGAUUUCUAUCGGGAGGCGAUCGAGCAUUGCCGCAGUUACAACGCGCGCCUGUGUGCCGAGCGCAGCAUGCGCCUGCCGUUCCUGGACUCGCAGACCGGGGUCGCCCAGAAUAACUGCUAUAUCUGGAUGGAGAAGACGCACAGGGGCCCCGGCUUAUCGCCAGGACAGAUCUACACGUACCCCGCGCGCUGCUGGAGGAAGAAGAGGCGGCUCGAUAUUCUGGAGGACCCCCGACUAAGACCCUACUACGAAGUUCCACUGAAGAAGGAGAGCAGCCUGCCGGAGGGGCCGGUCCUGGAGGCUCUACUCUGCGCCGAGACGGUGGACAAGAAGCUAGAACUCAAAGAAGAGGAGACCGUCACUGACUGCCAGAAGCCGCAGGUCGGGGACGUUGCGCAUGACCUGGACGGCGAGGAGCUGGAAGACGAUACCCCAAAACGCAAGAACCGAGCGAAGGGGAAGGCCUGCGGGAUCGGAGGAAUGAAGAAGAGACAAGAUCCGUCCGCGCAGGAAGACCGAGACAAACCCUACGUGUGUGACAUUUGUGGGAAGCGCUAUAAGAACCGUCCGGGUCUGAGUUACCAUUACACUCACACUCACCUCGCCGAGGAGGAGGGCGAAGAGAACGCAGAGAGGUACAUAAUACCGUUCCACCGGAAAAACAACCACAAACACUUCUACAAAGAGCUUAACUGGGUCCCCGAAAUGCAGCCGAGACACACAGUUAAGAAAGCGCCGGACGGCUCUGUCAUCGCCAACGGUUACUGCGACUUCUGUCUAGGAGGAGCCAAGAAAACGGGGUGUCCGGAGGACCUCAUCUCCUGCGCGGACUGCGGCCGCUCGGGUCACCCGUCCUGCUUGCAGUUUACGGUGAAUAUGACGGCGGCCGUGCGGACGUACCGCUGGCAGUGCAUCGAGUGCAAGUCAUGUAUCCUCUGCGGGACGUCCGAAAACGAUGAUCAGCUCCUGUUCUGCGAUGACUGUGACCGGGGGUAUCACAUGUACUGCCUGAGCCCCCCGAUGUCCGAGCCCCCCGAAGGUAGCUGGAGUUGUCACCUCUGUCUGCGGCAACUCAAAGAGAAAGCUUCUGCCUUCAUCACCCUGACCUAAGGGGCCGGGGCCCUCCCCACCGAGACGCACGGACAAAGAGCCAAUCACAGCGUCACCCGCCCCGCGCGGCCCCCCGGCCCCGCACCGCAGCCCCCCGAUCCUCCGCUUCUGUCCUUUCCAGGCGGCUUCCUCGGCUGACUAUCUCAAAGGAUCCGAGGAUACCCGCCGGCGGCGUGUCCGAGGGGCAGCUGCCGGGGGCCAGUUUGUUUUGUUCUGCCCGGCUCCCUGAGCAUGAGUUUCAGGCUCCGCUUGCCCCCCCAUUGUAAU